UAAUCAGAGGGACAGUGGUCGCUCUGAAGGCAAAAUGGCUGACCUGGACAGCACCGACCAAGCCAGCAGCAGCUGCGGAAUAGGUGAAGACGUCUUCGCUCAACUGCUUGCUUACUUUGAAGGCACUUGGGCAGGAGAAGAGAAUAACCUUAAGUCCCGGUUUCUUACUAUGACCACGACAACGGAGGAGCCUGAUGUGCUGGUCUUGAACCCGGAAGAAUCUUUAAGUGGCCCGAUGGAAUCGAGUCAGAAUCACAGUCCUCCUUUAUUAGACAUAUCAACAGCCAUGAAGUCGGUUGCGAUGGGAAUGUGGAAUUUUGGGAAAAUGCAUUCCAUGCCAAAGUUAUUUUGGACUCCUGGACAUGAAGAAAACAAGUCUCCUUCUUUUCAUCCAGAAGAUCAGGAUACCACAGAAGAAGAGCCUGUGCAGGAGGACGACGAGGAGCAGCAGCAGCAGCGACAGGCCUUUGUGUCCUUCCACUCAAAGUACAUUCACGAAUGCCCCCUCUACCAGGACUAUUGUGUACAGGCGGUCAGAGAUGACCUCCAGAGGCUCAACACAAAGACCUCUCUGUCUGAACUGAUUGCCCCCCAGUACCUGCAGUGUCUGCAGUCCCGUCUCAGUCACCAAGAGUCCCCUCCACAGAGCUCACGUGGGUCAACCUCACCCGCUUCUCCGGAUCGUCGCGUGAUUCGCGUGGCGCCGUGCACACUGUGGCAAGACCUGGACGAGGUACAGGCUACCGGCUUGCUCGGCAGUCUGACGGCCCGACAGAUUCGACUUCAGGAGUCAAUGUUUGAGUUGAUCAGCUCCGAGGCAUCUUACUUGAGGAGCCUGGGCGUUGCUGUGGAUCACUUCUACUCUUCCAAGGCCCUCAAGCACACCUUGUCCCAGAUGGAGCACCAUACUUUGUUCUCCAACGUCCGUCACAUUAAAGCGGCAAGUGAAAAGUUUCUCAUGGACCUGGAGAGCCGCCUGGGCAAGAGUGUGUUUUUAUCCCAGCUUGGGGACAUUGUACUUGACCACUGUCCCGCCUUCCGCACCCACUACGUGCCCUACAUUACCAACAUGAUGUACCAGGAGGCACUUAUCAAUCAGCUGUUGCAGCAGAACCGUGACUUUGUGUCAUGUCUCGAGCAGCUCGAGGGCGAGCCGGUGUGCCAGAGACAGCGUCUUAAGUCCUUCCUUGUCCUUCCUUUCCAAAGAAUCACUCGUAUUAAGCUCAUUCUGGAGAAUAUCCUAAAACUGACUGAAGUGGAUUCAGAUGACGUGUCCUAUCUUCACAAAGCCAAGGAGGCCAUACACGGGAUCGUGAUUGAGUGCAACGAGGGCGUCAAAAAAAUGAAAGUCAUCGAGGAACUGGUCUCCCUUGAGAUGCUGCUGGAUUUUGGCAAACUGAAGGCGAUUCCUCUCGUCAUAAGCGGACGUUUUUUGGUGCACCAGGGUCCCUUGAGCCUGCUGACUGUGGAGACCGGCCCGAACCCCAGAAUGCCCCUCACCAAUAUCUACCUUCACCUCUUCAACGACUUGUUGAUCCUCUCCUCAAAAAAGGAGCAGCGCUUCCUGGUGGAGGACUAUGCAAAGUUCCCCACAUACGUGCGCGUUGCAUCUCUGAAGACGGAAGCUCUUGGAGCUCAUGGUCUACCGCCCGAAUCCUUCCUGCUGCAUCUCUCUCGAAGUCACACUGGACAUGCAACCGCCAUGAUACUAGUUGCACACAGCAGGUCAGACAAGGAGCAGUGGAUGAGGGUGCUAAAGAGCAGUGACUGAUUUGGGUUUUAUUUUUCCCUUUUCACAUCCUUUGUGCACUUUGGUGGAAAUCUAACACAAAGUUUAAGGCCCUUGAGCACAAUCACAACUGAAAUUCACUUGAAUAAUUCACUUACCUUUUUCUCUAAGCACAUCUAUA